AUGUUCGUAGAAAUGGAGUCACAUCGACAAACACUCCGUGAACUCAAAGCAGACGUCCUGCGACCAUCGAAAUGGAUCUCCUCAUAUGAGAACUUUGUGACCAAGAACGUCAACACUGUGAAUCAAGUCGAAUCGGCGCUGCGGUCGCUAACAUAUAUCAUUCCUGGCCGAUUUCGCGAAUCGGAAUUACCUUCAGAAUGCGUGCACUCCGGCGUCCAACUCCUAUCGCUAUACCAUGACUCCCUCGUCUCGCGCGUCAUCUCCCAACUCCCCUCCACCAUCCCACGACCCAUCCCCUCCCCGCAUGCGCGAUACACAAAAUACUGGACCACCAAAUCGCCCCUAUACCGCAAACUCGCCCUCGCGCUACAGAUAAUCCAAUACACAGAAUUACUAUGGGAAAUGACCGCGCGCCGCCGAGGCGAAAAAGUUCGCUGGCGGGUCAUUGCGGCUAUCGAGUUCGCGAAAGCGGUUUGUCGGUUGUUACUGUUGCGAUUGACGAAUUCGAGACCGUUGGUUAGUCCGCCUUUGCCGGAGAGGGAGACUGAUCCUCGUGCCGCGGAGGCGGAGAAGGAGGCUGCUGCGGGAGAUUGGAAUGGGAUGGAUGAGCCAAUUGAAGAGUCGUCGGUGUCUUCAUCGUCAGAAAUUAGCUGGACGAUGCCCCGGACUGGGUUAACACUGCCGAGUCUACCAGAUGCGAGCGACAUAUCAAGCUAUCUCAUCUCCAAAGUGCUUACAGCAGAUGACGUCAAAGCUCCUGCGUCUCUGCUCCAUCGCGUCUCAGGACAGGGCCAAUUCGCGGAGAUUCUCUAUAUACUGAGACCGGUCAUAUAUGCACUAGCGAUGCAGAGAUGGUCCAAGAAUAAGCGAAGCUGGAGUCCGUGGUUGAUUGGGUUUGGUCUGGAGUAUGGAAGUCGACAGCUUGCGAAGAGGGAUCUUGCGGAACGCACUGCUGGCGGUCUGCGCGGGUUGACCGGCUUGGAGAGAGAUGAGUUGAAGAAGAGAGGAUGGGCGAUGGGUUGGUGGAUGAUGCGUGGCGCAUUUUAUGAGAAUAUCACCAGACCAUGGAUUGGAGGAAUCGCCGACAAGCUCAAGGGCAAGCCUAUUCUGGAUAUUGUUGGGGGAUUACUGGAUGACUAUGAAUAUCUCUGGGACAACUAUUAUUUUUCGACCGCCAGCCUCUAA